CUGUGCAGUUUAACCUACCCCAGUCUCUUAAGAGUCAACUUAAGUGAAUAUAAGUUCAUGGGAUAUACCCAGCAGUAGUCAUGCACAGUAGCUGCUACCUUAUAAACAAGGAGGCGUACUCACAUAACCUGACCACUCCUCUCAGUCAGACUGCUUCCGUGUUUACACACCCACCGAAAACAGGAGGAGACUAGCGGCUGCGGACCGGAAUGUUCACUCGAAGGGGUCAUGGAGAUGUCAAGAAAUCUACACAGAAAGUUCUGGACCCAAAGAAGGAUGUAUUUACCCGGCUGAAACACCUCCGGUCACUGUUAGAUAUCAUUGAGAAGAGUGAACUGAAGACGUUCUUCGAGAGCAACUGUUCUCAGAUUUAUUUUAUCUUCUAUGAAAAUUUCAUUACACUGGAAAGUAACUUAAAGCAAAAAGGGAACAAAUCUCAAAGGGAGGAGCUGGACUCUAUCCUCUUUAUUUUUGAAAAAAUUCUACAACUUCUACCAGAGAAAAUCUACAGUCGAUGGCAGUUUCACAGUAUAGGUUCUAUUCUGAAAAAGCUUUUGCACACUGGAAAUUCAUUCAAGAUCCGCUGUGAAGGGAUCCGUCUCUUCCUGCUGUGGUUACAGGCCCUGAGGGACAACUGUGCUGAGGAGCAGUUCCUUAUCUUUGCCUGUCUGGUGCCGGGCUUCCCUGCCGUUCCCUCCUCCAGAGGCCCCUGCACCCUUGACACCAUCAUCUACAAUCCCUUUUCCACCCCCCCUGAUGCCAAGGUGGUGCCUGAGGAAAUUACCCCACUGGUGCCAGCUGUAGUGGGAGAAAAGGUUGCAGAUGACCAGACUUGUUACAUCCUCCAAACCCUGCUCAAGUUCAUGGUCAUCCAGGCAUCCAGUUUAGAAUGGAAGAACAAAGAGAACCAGGACACCGGCUUCAGGUUUCUCUUCAGCCUGUUCAAGAAGUACUACCUUCCACACCUUUUCCCCUCGUUCACCAAGCUCACAAAUCUCUACAAGCCUUUAUUAGACCUCCCCCACCACAGACCAAAGCCCUUGUAUGUGCCAGUGACGCGGAACAAUGAGAGCACCUUCUGCACCAGGGACCAGUACCUGGCACCCCGUGUGGCCUUUAUCAACUGGCUGGUCACCUUCUUCCUGGAGAAGAAGUAUGUCAGCGCUGCUGCUGCAGCACCAAGCGCCAAGAACGGCACAGAGGUCAUUCCCAAACUUAUACAGACUGUAACUGUAGGCAGUAGCAGCCAGGAGAAGGAGAAGGAGAAAGAGAAGGAAAAAGAGAAGGAGAGGGCGUCAGAGGGAGAGACUAAUGGGCCGGCAGGGGAGCCUGAGAAGAGCCACUCCAACAGCAGCACGCUGUCAGACCGACGGCCCAGCGAUUCUAGCUUGUGUAGCAUUGAGGAGGAACACCGCUGUGUUUACGACAUGGUGCAAGACAUCCUGCUGUCCACCAGGGACAAUGUGAACUUUGUGAAUGAAGUCUUCCACCAGGCCUUCCUGCUGCCGUCCUGUGAAGCAUCAGCAGCCCGGAAGGUUAUCAGAGUAUACAGGAAGUGGAUCCUGCAGGAAAAGCCCACCUUCAUGACGGAGCCUGACAAAUGCAGCCAGGAGGAUGAGGUGGAUGACAGCUCUGAACAGAUGCUCAGCACAGAAACUGACAACAUUCAUGCACAGACACUGGAAAGUCAUGGCCACAAACGGUCAUCAAGCUGGGGUAGGACCUACUCGUUCAGUAGCGCCAUCAGUCGGGGCUGUAUCACCGAGGAGCAAAACAGGGACAUCAAGGCUGGCAUCCAGUCAACACUGCAGGUGUUCCUGACCAACUCAUCCAGUGUGUUCCUGUUGGAGCCAUGCCAGGAUGUGCCUAAACUCCUGAAAAACCAAGUGGAGGUGUGCAAGGAUGUACUCAGCAUCUACCGACACAUGAUCAUGGACCACACCAUGAAUACACAGACCUGGGAGCAGAUGUUGCAGGUGCUGUUGAGGAUCACUGAGGCGGUGAUGAAGAGGCCACAGGAAAACCAAAGAAAAGAUGCCUUUGCUGAAAGUUUAGCAGCUAUACUCUUUAGAACCAUCAUUGUGGCAUGGGUGCGAGCCAACCUGUGCGUAUUCAUCUCCCGGGAGCUGUGGGACGAGCUGCUGGCAGUGCUGUCCUCUCUUACCUGCUGGGAAGAGCUGGUUACGGAGUGGGCCAGCAUCAUGGACUCACUGACGGUGGUGCUGGCACGUUACGUGUACGGCCUGGACAUGGCCAACCUGCCUCUGGACAAACUCAGUGAACAGAAGGAGAAGAAACAGCGAGGACGUGGAGUGAUUCAGGAUUCCCAGAAGGCAGCUGCAGUGGCACGCUCCUUCUCACUGAGUUGGAGGAACCAAGGGGAGCAGGGUGGCCCAGGGGUUCAGGAGCCCAUGAGGAUUCGUUCUGCCACAACGUCAGGGGCCCCUGGUGUGGAGAAGGCCCGCAACAACGUCCGGCAGAAGGCAUCUGCUAAGCGAAGCCAGUCCAUCAGCAAUUGUGUCCAUCUUUACGAGGCUUUGCCCACUACUAAAAGCGUUCCUAUGCUGCUCCACACUGUGAGCUCUUUCUUGCCUGGUAUCUCUUCUGGUAACUCUGCUUGCUCUCACAGACUUUCAGAUGUGGAAGAGUGUCAGCUGUCAGAAUGUGGUGGAGAGGAGGAGCUAGGAGGCGGGGACAGCCCCCUUCCACGUAGCAGCAGCACCUCUGACAUCACCCAGCAACUGGCCGACACUUUACCAGCCCAAACAAGGGAGUGCUCCCCCAAUUCCUGUGGCUCUGAUGGCAGGACGUCAGAGGGUAGGAGAGAGAGCAGCGAGCCACCAGUGAUCUUGAUCCGGCGGAGCAGCAGUCCAGCUGAAGCAGAUGGCAGUGCUGAAGGACACACCAACUCCACAAGGCCCAAGCUACGAGAUAAAAGCGAGAGCAUAAGCAGUGAAACAUCCAGCGGCUACCUCAACGACACAGAGCAAAACUGGCAGGCCUGGCAGGCCUUUGAGGAGGAGGCUGACACCCAGUCCACCCAGUCAGCCCAUAUGGACGUGACAACCGACCCCCAGAGUCAGGGGAGUCUGCUGCUCAGCCACAAUGAGGCUCUAGCAGGUCCUGAGUGUGCCUCCCCUCCCCACUCUGCACCCCCGUCCCUCCACCACCACUACCACUACCCCCAGAACCCCCCUGCCUCACCAGCUCUGCUGGUGCAUACAGAGUGCCCGCGGGACAGCCCCCUGGACGACACCAUGCAUCAGUCUGUUUUACACAUGCCACACCACUUGGACAGUAGUGAGUGUCUGGCUGAUGACGUCAGCAUCAUCGCAGGUGGGAGCCUGACAGGUUGGCAUGCUGACUCGGCCUUUGUCCUGUGGAGGCGGAUUUUGGGUAUCCUGGGAGACGUCAACAGCAUUCGAUGCCCUAAGAUCCAUGCCAAGGUUUUCUCCUAUCUUUAUGAGCUCUGGCACAAGCUAGCCAAGAUCAGGGACAACCUUGGGAUCAGUGUGGACAACCAGUCGUCUCCCCCCCGGCCUGCCUUCAUCCCUCCUCUGCGAUUGUUGGCCCCCUGGCUUUUCAGGGCUGCCAUGCUGCCAGCAGAGUACAAGGCUGGCAAGCUGCAUGCCUACAAACUCAUCUGUGAGAUGAUGACCAAGCGUCAGGAUGUGCUUCCUAACAGUGACUUCCUGGUGCACCUCUAUAACAUCAUGCAUAAGGGCUUCGCCAGCAAUGACCAGGAUGUUGUGAACACUAUGAUCCGUUCCUGCUCUCCGCGGUUCUUUUUCCUCGGCCUGCCAGGCUUCACGAUGCUGAUAGGAGAUUUCAUCACUGCUGCUGACUGCGUUCUCAGCUGUGACUCUGCCGAGGCUCCCAGGACAGAGGCUCAAACAAUCCUGGGCUCCCUAGUGUGUUUCCCCAAUCUCUACGUCCAGGUUCUACUACUACAGGCUGUGCCUGGCUCCAACGACAUUGCUGUCAGCAGUGAGGACAUCAAGGAUCAUCUGGUCAACAUCCUGCUGCAGACAGCGAAGAAUGAACACUGUGAAGGAGCCAGGUGCAUAGCUGUUUGCAGUCUGGGUGUGUGGGUGUGUGAGGAGCUGAUGCAGAAGAACAUCCACCACCAUGUGAAAGAGGCCAUCAACGUCCUGGGAGUAACACUAAAGUUUGGGAACAAGGCAGUGGCCCAGGUAGCCUGUGAUGUGUUUCAGCUGCUCAUCUCUCACUGGGAGCAUCUGCAGAGGCUGGAGGCCACUCUGCCCAAGAAGAUCAUUGAGAUCUUUGUGGCCACAAUAGGCUUUCUGUUGCCGAGCACAGAGCACUCAACGGUGGAAGCAGACAAAAAGUUGAUGGUGUCCCUGCUGCUCUGCCUGUUGGACUGGUGCAUGGCUUUACCCCUCAGUCUACUGUUGGAGCCCCUCACCAUGCCUGUGCUGGAGGGGCCUGCAUCCCACAAUGCUCCAGUGCUGGACUACAUCUACAGGGUGCUGCACUGCUGUGUCUCUGGCUCCACUCUGCACACCCAACAGAGCCACUACCUCCUUAACCUGUCAGACCUGUCCACCGAAUAUGACCUCAUGUUGGGUCAGGUCAAGUGCUCUGAGCCCCCACCGUCCCAGGCUACCACCACUGACUUUGGCAAUCUGCUCACUGUAGCUGAGGAAAAGAGACGUCGUAACAUGGAGCUAAUUCCCCUGACUGCGCGAAUGGUCAUGACACACCUGGUGAACCACCUGGGCCACCAUCCUCUGAGCGGUGGCCCCGCCCUUAUUCACAGCCUUGUGAGUGAAAAUCAUGACAACCCGUACGUCGAGUCAUCAGAGCUGUCCUCUGAGGUCUUCAACAGCCCCAACCUGCAGCUGUUUGUCUUCAACGACAGCACGCUGGUGUCCUACCUCCAGAUCCCUGCUGACACCCCAACUGUGGGGCAGCCCCCGCACCCCUCCUCUCAGGUGCGUGUCAUCGUCCGCGACAUCUCGGGCAAGUACUCAUGGGAUGGUUCCAUCCUCUACCGAACCACCCAGGAAGAUUCUGGUGAUGUUGGGGAUCUUAAUGUUGUGGAGCACCUUCUUUCCACCACCAUGACCACCACCACCAUCUCUCACAGUAGAAAACAUCCCACCUCCCCAACAAAGGGCCAUUCUGAGCACCGUUGCUCAGUCUCAGACUCUCUCUCUGGCUGCUGUGAGGAGGAGGAGGAGGAGGAGGUGGAUGUUCUGGACCAGCUGCUGGAUUAUCUGGGCAACAGCAGCCCAGAGUGUCUGCCCCAUCCUCAACUCAGGCUCAACCAGCCAGCUUCUCCGCCUUGUGGCAUGAGCCUGGAGCAAGAGGCAGCCAUAGUGGAAGCCAUUCUCCUUCAGAUGCAACAGGAGGAGGAGCAAGUGAGGAGAUGGGAUGCUGACGUAAGUGUCCGGGCUGCCUGCCAGAGGGAACCCACCCACCAGGAGCCCAAAACCUCAUUCUACUUCUGCCGGCUGCUGCUUAAUGACCUUGGCAUGAACUCCUGGGACCGCAGGAAAAGCUUCCAUCUACUAAAGAAAAACUCCAAGCUCUUGAGGGAACUAAAGAACCUGGAUUCCAGGCAAUGCCGAGAGACGCACAAGAUUGCUGUGUUCUACAUCGGAGAGGGCCAAGAGGAUAAGUGCUCAAUCCUAUCCAACAGUGCAGGCAGCCAGGCAUAUGAAGACUUUGUAUCUGGACUGGGAUGGGAGGUGGAUCUUGCCACACACUGCGGCUUUAUGGGUGGGCUCCAGAGGAAUGGCAGCACAGGCCACACAGCUCCCUACUAUGCUACCUCCAAUGUGGAAGUCAUCUUCCACGUCUCAACACGUAUGCCGUCUGACUCUGAUGACUGCCUCACCAAAAAGCUGCGUCACCUGGGAAAUGACGAGGUGCACAUUGUGUGGUCGGAGCACACCAGGGACUACCGACGUGGCAUCAUCCCCACUGACUUUGGAGACGUACUGAUCAUCAUCUAUCCCAUGAAGAACCACAUGUAUUUCGUCCAGAUCAUGAAAAAACCACAGGUCCCUUUCUUUGGGCCACUGUUUAAUGGCGCCAUCAUUACUGGGACACUACUGCCAAGUCUAGUGCGGGCCACCUGUAUCAAUGCCAGCAGAGCUGUGAAAUCCCGACUGACUCUCUACCAGAGUUUCUAUGAGGAGCGGGCCCUCUACCUGGAGGCCAUUGUUCAGAACCACAAAGAGGUCAUGACCUUUGAAGACUUUGCCUCGCAGGUCUUCUCCCCAUCUCCCAGUUACUAUCCAAUGAGUGGGACAGGCUCCUUCUCUGGCAGUACGAGUGCCGAGCUCAGUACUGCUGCAGGACCAGCAGACUCUGUCGACCAGGUCUCUCCCACCAUGCCCCGUGCCACCAGGAACCGGGUUUCCGGAAAACUCCGCCGAUCAGCCAGCGCUAUAAGCAAAUCUUCCAACUGAGCUCUUCAACCGGCCCCCAGCUCCCCAGCUCCCCCCAGCGCAGCCUUUAAAUCUAUUCUUGAAGAACCUCAUGUACCCCGUUGUGACUGCAAGCGUUUUGGCACGUAUUUGUUGUUCUCUUUUUUGUGUGUGUGUGUGUCAUGUAAACAUGUAACUGGAGCACAUUGCAAUUUUUAAUUUAAGUGGCAAUUAUUGAUUACUUUGAUACAUUUCCAUUUGUUUUUUGUUUGUUUGUUUGUUUGUUUUUUUGCUUGAGAUGGACAUGAGACUAAGCUAUUUAUGUUCUCUGGAGGUUUCAGCUGAUGAAUCAACAUAGGAAUCCUUGACUGAUGCAAGUCUUAGCCUGUGAUUUUAAAAAAAUCAUUCUCUGGUGCAGUUUUCAUGCACUAGUAUAUACUCUUAAGAUGCUUCUACACCAUAGCAAUGGAACGGGAGACUGUUGCACCGUGUGUUUCCGUAUCUUGUCUAGCUCAACACUCGAAUAACAAAGCACUGAAUGAUGCAGCUGUAAAUUGCAUAAAGCUAAAACUGCACAACAUAUCCAUAUCCUUUUAUAAAUGUCUUGCCUUCUGACUUCUUGAUGGGUUUCUCCUCCUUGCACUCCCCCUUUCCCCCAAUCCUGCUGUGUCAAACACACUGACUGGCUGUCACUGUAAGUGAAAGGAUGAUAGUCUUUUUCUUUUUGGGGGGGGUGCUGUGAUGUCCUGUUCCUCGGUGCCAGUUUGGACCCGAUUUUUGGACCAUCUUCCUGCAGUGAAGAGGAGAAAAGACUGACUCACGGGGAAGCCGCCACAGUAUGACUUGUAUCUGCCACACUGCUAUACAGACUUCCUGGUUACGGAGUACUGGUAGCAUGUGCAGCGGGAGGCUCUUUUUAAUUGUUUUGAAUCCAGAGUGGACAAUCAAUGAUGUCUUUCUAACUUGAGUUGAAUCGAAAUUUGUUUCUCUUUUUUUAUCACUCUAAUUUUCCUUUUUUAAAUGAAUUCCGAUGGAUUCUGUCAUGCUUUGAUUUAUGUAACUCUGCUGGAAUGAGAAAAGACUGCGUUUGUAAUUGUUUUCUGAUGUCGUUAACUUGGUCUCAUGUCCGGUAAUUGAAUAAGUGCCCCCUGUCUCUUUCCUUUGCCAUCGUUUUCCCCCUGUCCCGUGAAGCUUAGAAUAUGACAUUCCAACAUUCCCACCGAUGUCUUUUUGCACUCACUAGCAUUGAAUGUUUCUCUCUCUGUUCUUGGAUGUAAAUUGCUUUAAAUUUUAUUUGCUGAUGUCUGUUUUCUAGAUGUGUAUAUAUAGAGUACUAUUUGAUGAAUUAUUUUGCUGUCGUAUUGUAUUAUAUGUAUUCAUGUGCUGUUUAGAGGAAAAAUACCGCCGGAGCCUCAGGUGAAUCUUAACUUCAUGCACUGGUGUGUGUGUGCGUGUGUGUGUGUGUGUAUGUGUGUGUGUGUGAGAGAGAGAGAGAGAGAGAGAAAGAGAGAGAGUGUGUGACUUUCUGAAGGAGCUUUUUUCACAGUGCCUGUGUAAUGUCUGUCCACUAAGAUCCUGUCCCACACCCUCUUCCUCCCCACCACCUCCGCUCCACAUAAUCAGAUUUAUUUUGUUUCUCAUCUUCAUUGUGUGAGACAAACCAGCCCCACCGCCCUGCAUCACAUCUCUUCGUUAGCAAUCUAGGAAAAAAAAAAAAAAAACAAGCAAAAAAAAGUGUUAUGCUCCCCUUGCGACUGAAAAGGUCAGCGUCUUGUGCUUCCCACAACAAACAGAUUGUCUGGAUCCUGGGGUUCUGCGUUUAGUCUUUAUUAUAGGUGGUGCUCGCCGCUCUGUGUGUCUCUGUGAAUGGAAUCAAAUGGCACCGACUCCUCCUCUUUCCCAUGAUACGCUCCCCAAGUCGCCUCAUAAGGCCACAGGAGGACAAGGUGGGGUGGGAGCGGGGGUGUGGGGGGGGGAUGGGCGUAGGUGGCAUGCCAGAGCUGAACUAGAACAGCCCUCUUAGCAACAGCCAAGCUGCUGCUGUACCUGUAAACCCCUCCUUCCCUUUCCAACCUGCCCGCUACAGUCGUCAUGGUAGCCAGGUGUUCCCCGCACAGUCGCAUAUAUAUACAUAGGCUCGCACGCUCUGAGGGCUCCACCCAAGCUGCAACACUAUCCCCAUCUGUUGCACCACUAUGCCUUACUUUCCCCCAUUCGCUCCUGUCUGUCACUUUGUUCUGUCUCUCACGUCUCACCUUCUUUGUGCGCUCACAUUCCCCAAGCAGGGGUUUCCAAAAGUGGACGUUUGAGUGAAGUAUACACGUGUGCUCUGUUUUGAAGAAUGUAUAGAUACACAGACAACUUUCAUUUCCCCCCUCCCUAAUGCCACUUGAAGGAACCUGCCAGUAUGUUGAUACAAUAGGGGGUCAAGAUUUCACUUCAGUUCACUUUUUCAGUUGAGGUUGUGAGUUUGUGGAUGCAGUCUGUCUUACUCUGUUGGGGCUUUUAGCAGCUGGAGAUGUUAGUUUGGACCAGGAUAAGGAUUGUCUUGCGUACUGGUUUAUACUUGUGAAGCAGAAGACGUAGUGUUAGUUCUAGUAUGUUUUUGUUUUUAUCUUGGUUUAGGAAUCCUUGUUCAUCGUGUCAAAUUGAGGGCUCCAGUCCCCUCUUAAUAUAAAUAUGUUAAUGCCUGUAAUAUAAUCUUUGUAUAAGAGGAAGAGGGGAAAAAAAGCUUGAAGAUUUCAUCAUUACUUGUCAACAUAUCGAACUGUUUUUAACAACCGAAGUUCUGCUAUCUUUAUUAGAAAUGUGAAAAUUGAAACAUUUCAUUAAAUCAGUUUGAAGUUCUA